UUCUUUACUCUUCAUAACCAAAUUAAAACCCUCUGAAACCCUAAACUUGAUCACUGUACAAAACUGCUAACAAUAUCACACGAUCGAAACAGAUUUGAAGAGCGAAACCGAUCACGGUGGCGGACCGAAACACAGAAGAAGAAGGGGAGGCAAACAACAGCCGUCUCCAGUCGUUCUUUUCGUCGCUUUUGACGAGUAUUGGAGGUGUUUUCGGGCAUACUCAAGAACAAGAAGUGGUUGAUAUGACUUCGAAUGAGUGUGUUGUUCCGGUUCCACCGCCGAAUAGAGAUGUGAAGCAGAACAAUGAUGGACAAAUCGAAAGAAGGAAUCGGCGAGCCCUGGUUGAUAUAGGAAAUCUUGCUCCCACUGUCGUUGAAAUCGGAAAACCUAAUCCGAUAUCUCGCCCCGUUACAAGGUCACUGAAACCUCAAGACGAAACCCCUAGAAGAAGAUCGAAAAAGCCUUCAAAGUCGCUAACAACCGUCCUCACUGCCCGUAGUAAAGUUGCUUGUGGAAUCACAACAAGACCUAAAGAUCCAGUGGUUAACAUAGAUGAAGCUGACAUCAACAACGAACUAGCCGAAGUUGAAUACGUUGAAGAUAUUUACACGUUCUACAAGCUCUCAGAAACCGAAGGCGGGUUACAAGACUACAUGAAUUCAAACUCACAGCCUGAUCUCAAUGCUAAAAUGAGAGCUAUUUUGAUCGAUUGGUUGAUUGAAGUUCACCGCAAGUUCGAGCUGAUGCCCGAGAGUCUUUACUUGACCAUCAACGUAGUUGACCGGUAUCUCUCGGUGAGAAAAGUUCCCCGUAGGGAACUUCAACUGGUCGGCAUCAGCGCGCUGCUCAUUGCGUGUAAAUACGAAGAAAUCUGGCCUCCGGAAGUCACCGAUUUGAUUGCGAUUUCGGACAAUGCGUUCCCAAGAGAGCAGAUUCUGACCAUGGAGAAAGCUAUUCUUGGUCAUUUGGGUUGGUUUUUAACGGUUCCGACACCGUACGUGUUUCUCGUUCGGUACACCAAAGCUUCGGUUCCUUUCGACACUGAGAUGGAGAAUAUGGUGUUCUUCUUAACUGAACUCGGUUUGAUUCACUACUCAGUUGUCAUAACCAACAGCCCUUCAAAGCUUGCUGCUUCGGCUGUUUAUGCAGCCCGGUGCACCCUUAAAAAGACCCCAGCUUGGACUGAAACGCUUAAACAUCACACUGGGUACUAUGAAGAUGAACUAAGGGAAUGUGCAAAGACUUUGGUGACUUUUCAUGACUGUGCUAGUGAAACAAAGUUAAAGGCUGUGUAUAGGAAGUAUGUGAAUCCAGAGAAGGGCGCGGUGGCUCUUUUUCCUCCGGCAAGAGAUGUUAUGGCGGAGGUUGGUGGCGGCGAAUAGAUAUGAUAAGACUGGUGGUGUGUGGUGGCGUGUGGUUGUGUGUGGAUAGUUUGAUUAAGAUCAUUUGGUUUUAUUAUGAUCUUGUUUUUAUGAAUCGUUAUUAUAGACUGAUUAGGAAGUAUUUUGUUGCUGACUUGAUUGAUUUGUUACUGGCGAAUGCGUAUUAUUAUUAUUCGUUGGUUUUGUCGAAUAUAUAAGUAGAUGUUAAAA